AUGACGUCAGCUCAACGUAUUUAUCCGUCUUUAUUCGGUUCACUUCCUUAUUUGCCUAAAGAACAAAAUGCAUGGGAUUUUCUUAUUUCAAACUUACCUGAAGGAAGUUUAUCAAGUUCUGAAGCUUUCGGUGUGGAUGUUUUGACUGGUGUUACUCGAACUUUGUCAGAAACAGUCGAAAGGGUUGAAUGUUUGGCUAAAGCUUUAGUAAGGCAUGUUAAUAAAUCUGGGAGUAUGAAAUCUGUUGGGAUCCUAUCUCCAAAUCAUUUGGACUAUCCGGUGAUCAUAUAUGCCUGUUUGGCUAGUGGGAUUCCAGUAGCACCGAUCUCAGCAACUGCAAGCGCUCUCGAAACGCGUCAUUUAUCUAAACUUGGACAAUGUGAAAUCAUUUUUGUUCAUCCAAAAUGUUUGGCGAAUAUCAAAGAAGCUGGUUAUCCAUUCGAAAAAAUCGUCCUCAUUGAACCUUCGAUUGGAUGGAAUGGUCCUACGUUAGAAGACUUUGUGAAGAUGGGUGAAACGAUGACUUCGAUUAAAUCUGGUGGGAUCCAUCCAACACCUUUACAUGAAGUAGCUGUAAUCCUUUUUUCGAGCGGUAGUACGGGUAACCCAAAAGCGGUGAUGUUGACUCACCGCAACAUAUGUUCAGCUCUUCAAGCAACUAUGAUCAUGACCAAAGCCGGACUAGAAGCUAUGGCCAAGAUAAAUCCUAAUAUGGCCCCUCAAUUACCAGCGCGUCCGGUUGUCUUGGUUUUUCUUCCGAUGAACCAUGCAUUCGGAUUAAUGACAGGAGUACUUCGAGCCAUAAUUUCCAAUGCUGUGGUCUGUAUCAUGCCUAAGUGGGACUUCCUUCAAGCUAUGCAAGCGAUACCAAAAUAUAAAGUGACCACAUUGGCAAUGGUACCUGCGAUCGCCACUCAAAUCCUUGCACAUCCUCAAGUACUACAGACCAUUGAUCUCUCAUCCCUCACCGCAGUUUAUGUUGGAGCAUCAGCAAUUUCUGUACCACAGAAACAAGCACUUCUUAAGUUAUUGGCUUCUAGAGGUGCCAGAGGUGGUGAUUCUGAUGAAUCUACUAUGCCUAAUGGAUAUGGAAUGAGUGAAUAUUACUACAUGGCCCCUGCAAGACCUGGAACAAUUGGUGUUCUUUUACCAGGACUCGAGGCUCGGAUCAUAUCUGAUGAAUCCGACUCGGCUUCAGGCAUAGAUGCGCCAUUGAAUACGGCAGGUGAACUUUGGUUAAGAGGACCAAUGAUCAUGAAAGGUUAUCUCAAUAAUGAGAUUGAAACUAAGAAUGCACUUACGGAAGAUGGUUGGUUUAAAACGGGUGAUAAAAUAAGAAUGGAAUCAGAUGGCCAAAUGUUUUAUGUAGAUAGAAUCAAAGAUACAUUUAAAAAUCGAGGAUUACAAGUAGCACCAUCGGAAAUCUCAAGUUUGAUUUUAAACCGAUUUUCAGACUUGAUUGCAGAUAUAGCUGUGAUUGGAAUCCCAUCAUCUGAAAGUAAAAGAGAUAUUGGAGAAGAAGCAUGGGUAUUUAUUGUCUUAACACCUAAAGGACGUGAAAAUCAUUUGAAAAAACAGAUUGGAAAAGAAAUUCAAGAGUUAGUUAAAAGAACUUUAUCAAAACAUAAAUGGGUAGCUCAAGUUAGGGUUAUGGAUGAGUUUCCUAAAGGUCAUACUCAUAAGGUUUUAGUCAGAGAGAUUAGAGAUCAGGCUUUAAGAUCUAUUAACGAAAACAAACUUAAAUCAAAGUUGUAG